AUGGCCUUAUCCUACCCUCGCAACCUCCCUCCAUACCAGGAAGUCAUCAUCAGCCCUAUGCGCGCUGCCGGGCGCGAUUUUGUGCAGGGUCGCCACGCUGAUCGGUACCUCAAGCAGAAGCGAGUACCGGUCCUGGCUAGUGCAGAACGACCUGACACGUCCCACCCCAUCACCCAUGGCUGUGCAGCGCCGCUGCCAAGAGCUGCGGGACAUCUAAAAUCCGACUUUGGAUUAGGAGCAGGGCUGGCGUGCCGGGCCGUUUUUAUCCGAAAUCGUAUCCGAUGGUGGCUGUGCUGGCAAGACGCCACACCAUCAUCUCUUCAUCCACAUCAAAAUAUUGUAUCGCCUUCGGCGCAAGAUCUGUGUCAGUGCGGGUCAGCCAUCCUCCCUGCUAGCGUCACUGGAGGAGUUAGUCAGUUUGACGAGGCAGAAAACAUUCUAGAAGUAGCCGUCUUACCACCAACUCGAUCUCGAGCAUGCUCGAAGCUUCGCUGUGGCAAAUCUAUACGCUAUAUAUUUGUGCUGAUCCCCGGCCCUCUAUGA